CUCAUAAGACUGUAGUAGGGGACAAGACUCGUUUCACUCGUUUGACUGACCGUCUUUGCGAAUCUUCACUCAACGAUGUUGCUGAAGAAUAUCAUUGAUAUCUAGAAGCCAAUUCUAUCCUUGAUAAUCUAAUUUUCAAUGAUAAUCAUAUUCGUGUAUCGAGUCUGAAUGUUGCGAAGAUUAUUUAUCGUCGGAAUUUCCACUACAUCAGUAUAAAAGAGACGUCCUAAUUUUUUCUUUGCUUGAUAAGAAUAUCUCGAGAUGUUUGAUUAACCUGGAUUAUUGAAGUGAUCAUUAUUGAACGAUACGAGCGACGCAGCUGAUUUGAGAAAUAUAUGAAUUUGAAAGUACAAAUUGGCGCUGAACACGUCGCAGGAAAUUCUGUGGCUCCCAAAGAACUACUUAUCUUGAAUGACAAUUGUUUUCAUGGUUCAUCGGAAAGUUCACGAUGGAUUGUGCAGCCUAGCGGAUAAAUAAAUAUAGCUUAAAUGCCUCUAGUCGCAAAGAACUGUCCACACAUAGCCAAACACGGGGACCUGUCAGUCCUCGAGUCAUUGGUCACGCAAAAAGAUAAAUUCGUCAAGUGCAACGACUGUGAAAAUGAUGGCCCAAACUUAUGGUUCUGUUUGUUUCCUGAUUGCAAGUGGGUCGGCUGUUCAACAAGCCGUUUGGACCACGUUAAAAUUCACAAUAGAAAUUUUCCUAGUCAUUGCACCCACAUGAAUUUAACUAAUGAGAGAAUAUGGUGCUACUCUUGCGAUCAUGAGGUAAUCAUUAUUCAUGUACCGUCACCACCACUUUCCCCAAGUUCGAAGGAAGCAAGGUCUAACAGCAACAAAUUUUCUGGCGAUGCAUCUGUGAACUUGAUAUCUAAAAUGGAAAAUGCUGACAUGCAACAAUCGUUGAUCAAUAAAUUUGGCAGAAGUGGAGUGAAUAGAAUUGACUGGGAGAAAGGAGUCUUGACCUAUGAAAAAUCAGGUGACUCCCCAGAUAGCACAGACUCUGAUGAUGGUAAGGAUCUCACUGGAAAACCAAAGGGAUUGGUUGGCUUACAGAAUAUUGGUAAUACCUGUUAUAUGAACGCUGCACUUCAAGCCUUGUCCAACGUUCCUCCUCUGACGCAGUUCUUUCUGGAAUGUGGUCUGAUUGUUAAUUGUAUAUUAAAAGAUCGAAAACCUGGAUUAAGUUCAAGUUAUAUGAAUUUAAUUAGUGAAAUGUGGAACAAAAAAACUAGGGGAUAUGUUGUUCCUCACAGUAUUCUGUAUUGGAUAAGAACUGUUCAUCCAAUGUUCAGAGGCUAUCAUCAACAUGACACGCAAGAAUUUUUAAGGUGUUUCAUGGACCAGCUGCAUGAGGAAUUAAAAGAGUACAUAGAGGAUGACAAAGAUAAUUUACUGAGAUUGAAAGGGUUUGGAGAACACUCUUCAGACGAAGAGGAUCCUGAGAUUGACGGGACUGGAUCCAGCCAAUCAGAUGCGGAAUAUGAAACAUGUGACUCUGGGGUGAGUGAGCAAAGUUCAUUGAGUGAUGAAGGAGAACGAGGUACAAAAAGAAGGUACUAUAGACCAUCCCAGACUGACAAAUUAAGAAACAAGUUUACCAAUCGGAGCAUGAAGAAAUCAUCUGUCGAUGAAACCUUCUCCCAAAAUCAAAGAUCAACGCCAAGUUCUCCAACCAAACAUCGUGCUAAAAAACCAAUGAAAACUCGAAGUAUUAUCAGCGAUAUUUUUGAUGGCAAACUUUUGAGCAAUGUUCAGUGCCUAACUUGUGACAGGGUUUCUACUAGGGUUGAGACCUUCCAGGACCUGUCUUUGCCUAUUCCUAGCAGAGAUCAUAUUGACAUGUUGCAUCAAGGAUCGCUUACCCCUCAAAAAGCUGGGCCUUGCUCUGACGUAGUUUACGUUACAAAUCAAGCAGGCUGGGUAUCUUGGUUCUGGCAAUGGAUGCGGUCUUGGUUCUGGGGGCCUGUUGUGAGCCUUCACGAUUGUCUCUCGGCAUUUUUUAGUGCAGACGAAUUAAAGGGAGAUAACAUGUACAGCUGUGAAAAAUGUAACAAAUUACGUAAUGGAGUUAAAUUUUCUAAGGUAUUAGAAUUGCCAGAAAUCCUUUGCGUUCAUUUGAAAAGGUUUCGACACGAAUUAAUGUUCAGUUCAAAGAUUGCUAACUAUGUGUCAUUUCCAUUGGAAGGCUUGGAUAUGCGACCUUAUAUGCAUAAAGAUUGUGUUUCAAAAGUCACAACUUAUGAUUUAAUAUCAGUGAUUUGCCAUCAUGGAACAGCAGGAGGCGGUCAUUACACGUGUUAUGCCUUAAACUCUGUAGUGAACCAAUGGUUUGAGUUUGACGAUCAAUGUGUUACGCAAGUAUCCCCAGAGACAGUGACUAAUUGUGAAGCAUAUGUUUUGUUCUACAAGAAGUCUUCACCUGAGAUGAGUCAGUUACGAGAAAAGACUGUUGAAUUAAUGGAGAUUUCAGCUUUGGAGCUCUCGCAUUUCAACUUCUUUGUUUCUCGGCAAUGGAUAAACAGGUUCAAUACUUUUUCGGAACCAGGACCCAUUGACAACUCUGAUUUUCUCUGUGUACAUGGUGGAGUAAAUCCAUCCAGAGCACAGUUUGUUGACAAGAUCAGUAUGCCAAUACCGCAACAUGUGUGGGAGUAUCUUUAUGACAAAUUCGGAGGUGGACCAGCUUGCACUCAUCUUUUUGAAUGCCCAAUUUGUGAAGAAAAACAUGAAUCGUUACAAAACCGGAUGCGAUAUGAAAUGGAAGUAUUUCAACGACUGACUCAUGGCGUAGAUAAUCGUCCAGCGAUAUACGCGCUAGCUAUGGCCUGGUUACGCCAAUGGCAGAGUUUUGUCAGAGGCAAAGAAACACAACCUCCAGGACCCAUGGACAACACGUCAAUUAUCAUCAAUAAAAAUGGCCAAAGUGUUUUGAAAGCUGGUUCCGAUUACGCGCAAAUAUCCGAAGAACUCUGGCAAUUUUUCCUAAGUAGUUAUGGCGGUGGCCCUGAAUUGAUGUUGCAUCCGUGUCAACGGCCAGCAUUGACGCAGCCAAACAUUACUCAACAUUCCACCUCUAAUCCAAACUUGACUGAUCAAAAUUCCAAAUCCAGUCGUCAAGAAAAUUUAAAGACAAAUAAGAUUAGUACGAUUAGAAGCUCAGAGGCUGUUCCACAUCAAGCCAAUGCGGCAGACUGUUUGAUACCAGAAACCGAUUCCCACCUAACAUCAGGUGACGCGAGUUUAAGUUUCGAAUUUUAAUCGGGUUGUACGUAUCUUUAGAAUACAUUAAGUAAUCUGUUAUGUUUUCAGAUAUAUUUUUGAAUUCUCAUUCAGAAUUGAUGUACUUUCAAUAUUUUCAACUCUGAAACUAUUACAAGCAUUACCAAUGAUACCAAGUACACAACGUAAAUAAAGAAAAAAAAAAUAUUUAUUUAUGCUAUAAUUUAAUUUUAGGAAUAUUUCAAUAGUUUAACGGUGUUAACUUCUGCUGCACAAUGACUUGGACGUAUAAAUGGAAGAAUAUCUUGUUGUUACGCUUGGCAGUGAGCUAAUUACCAAAAUUUUUAAUCGGUCCAUGUAUAUCAUAUUACUGUUAUCAUUACUUUUAUCAUUAUUGUUAUAUAGAGUGGUAUUUCAUGUUACCCCCAUCAAAUAUUACUUCGUAGCACACGUGUCGAUGGUAGUUGACAGUGUAAUCAUGAAUUUCGUUAGAUUGAAGUUUGAACUUGCAGUUUUUCCAGUUCGUGUCAUUGAUUUGCAACGAACUACACAUUUACAAAUUCAUUCCUGCGGUUUGACUGACAAUGAGGUUUUUCAAAUGCCAAGUAUGUUUAAUGCACCAGAUUCUUGAAGAUGCGAAAGAUAAUCAGUGAUGUAUCGAGAGAAAAUGUCAUAACAUUCAGAAACAAACUUGUGAUUCACAUUUGAGAUCAGGUAAAACUUAAGUUCUUUACUGUCAUUGUAAGAAAAUGAAUAACAAUCGAAUACAAUCAAUUAUGAUAAUAAUAGACAAAUUGGAACAUUUAUGUGAAAUUCACGUGAUUCUAACGCAACUGCGAUAUACUGUUAUUGUAAAUUUUUUCUUUCGCGGAUGUCAGCAGCGCAGUAAGAUUCGACUAUGUACACUUGUGACCGUUCGGUAUUUUUAUUUUGAAACAAUUCAAAAUGGUUGUUAUUAUUAGCAAUAGUAUUAUAAAUGAAUAUUGUAAGAAACAAACAAAUAAAUAGUGAUAUGGUAUUUUAUAAGUACAUAUACAUAGGUACAAUUGUAAAUUAGGAUAUAUAUAUGUAUAUAUAUAUAUACAUGGGUAUAUGUAUAAUUAUAAGUUAAAUAUUUCUGUCAAGUAGUGGGGUGGUAUAGGGAUCUCACUCUUACGAAAGAAAAUCUGUAAAUUUAUUAUUGAUCAUAAAUAAACAUUAUACAUCUAAUGUACCAUACAUCAAAGAAAUAAAUAACUUGGUUUCAA